CCUCAGGACGGGACCGGGACAAGGGCGGGAGGGAGAGGGAGGAAGGGGCGCCAGCGGCGGGCGGGAUCCUGCGAGGCGCGUGAAGCCUCGUUGGCGCCUCGUCGGGGACCCAGACGCUGGCGGCCGCGGAGUUUCUCACGACCGGCGGAGCUCUCUCUCAGCUGACUGUAUUUCAGAAAGCAUCAACUUUUCUCAGUGGACCAAUUCUUCGAGUGAAAUAUGCCUGUACUGUUUUAAAAAGCUUUGUGCUUCAUCAUGGAAAAAUUUACCCACCCAAAAAUGAAAGUAAAGACAUUUGAGAAGGUGAUUUAAGGUGUGGACAUUUGAGAAAGUAUCCCAUCAAAUCAUUGAGCCUAACUAUAAGGAUUAAAGAGAUUAAUACCAAAGACUUUUUAAACCAGGAGGAUUUCAUCUUAACAGAAAAACAACUUUUAUUCAAUAUGUAUUUUCUGAAACUAAAAGAGAGAGACAAAAGUAGAUUUAAAAGAAAAUAGAUGAAGAUGGUUAGUAAGUAAGCAGUGUCAACUCUCUUCUGAUGAGGAUAAUUCAGUGAUGUUAAAUCCUUUCCAAAUCGCUGGUUGUGGUCCUAAAGACACGACUGUUUUUUGAUGGGACAUCCGACACUAAGGGGAGUGGGACCUUCUGUGGAUUCAGCUCACAGUUGGAGAAGAUGCAGUCCUUGGCAUGAGUGGCUUAAAAGAGGAAAUAAAGUUUUCAAUUAAAGUCAAAAGUACAGUCAUUUUUUUACUUCUGUGAUUUUAAAAGCCUCCUCAUAACCACUGAAAAAGAAUUGACAGCUAUUUUAAAAGAUUAAAGAAAGGCAGAUGUCUGCAAACAGUUCCCCUCCAUCAGCCCAGAAGUCUGUCUUACCUGCACCUCUUCCUGCUGUGCUCCCCACUCCUUCUCCGUGUUCAAGUCCAAAAACAGGACUCUCUGCCCGGCUCUCUAAUGGAAGCUUCAGUGCCCCGUCGCUCACCAACUCCAGAGGCUCCGAGCAGACAGUCUCAUUCCUGCUGCAGAUCGGCCUUACGCGGGAGAGUGUUGCCAUUGAAGCCCAGGAACUGUCUUUAUCUGCGGUCAAGGAUCUUGUGUGCUCCAUUGUUUAUCAGAAGUUUCCAGAGUGUGGAUUCUUCGGCAUGUAUGAUAAAAUUCUUCUCUUUCGCCAUGACAUGAACUCAGAAAAUAUUUUGCAGCUGAUUACCUCAGCAGAUGAAAUCCAUGAAGGAGACCUGGUAGAAGUUGUUCUUUCAGCUUUGGCCACAGUAGAAGACUUCCAGAUUCGUCCCCAUACUCUCUAUGUACAUUCUUACAAAGCUCCUACUUUUUGUGAUUAUUGUGGUGAGAUGCUCUGGGGCUUGGUACGUCAAGGACUGAAAUGUGAAGGCUGUGGAUUAAAUUAUCAUAAACGAUGUGCCUUCAAAAUUCCAAAUAACUGCAGUGGAGUAAGAAAGAGGCGCCUGUCAAAUGUCUCUCUGCCAGGACCCGGCCUCUCCGUUCCAAGACUCGUCCAGACUGAUUAUGUUCCCCUUCCCACAGAGGAGUCACAUGUUCACCAAGAACCAAGUAAGAGAAUUCCUUCUUGGAGUGGUCGCCCUAUCUGGAUGGAAAAGAUGGUGAUGUGCAGAGUAAAAGUUCCACACACGUUUGCUGUUCACUCUUACACCCGGCCCACGAUCUGUCAGUACUGCAAGCGGCUACUGAAAGGCCUCUUUCGCCAAGGAAUGCAGUGUAAAGAUUGUAAAUUCAACUGCCAUAAACGCUGUGCAUCAAAAGUACCAAGAGACUGCCUUGGAGAAGUCACAUUCAAUGGAGAACCUUCCACUCUGGGAACAGAUACAGAUAUACCAAUGGAUAUUGAUAGUAGUGACAUGAACAGUGAUGGUAGCCGGGGCUUGGAUGACAUUGAAGAACCGUCUCCUCCAGAAGAUAAAAUGUUCUUCUUGGACCCAUCUGACCUUGAUGUGGAAAGAGAUGAGGAAGCCGUGAAAACAAUCAGCCCGUCAACAAGCAGUAAUAUCCCGCUGAUGAGGGUUGUGCAGUCCAUCAAGCACACGAAGAGGAAGAGCAGCACGAUGGUGAAGGAAGGCUGGAUGGUCCAUUACACCAGCAGGGACGCCCUGAGAAAGAGACAUUAUUGGAGACUGGACAGCAAAUGUCUCACAUUAUUUCAAAAUGAAUCUGGAUCAAAGUAUUACAAGGAAAUUCCACUUUCAGAAAUUCUCCGCAUAUCUUCGCCACAAGAUUUCACAAACAUUUCACAAGGCAGCAACCCACACUGUUUUGAAAUCAUCACCGAUACUAUGGUGUACUUUGUUGGGGAGAACAGUGGGGACAGCUCCCACAAUCCUGUUCUUGCUGCCACCGGAGUUGGAGUUGAUGUAGCGCAGAGCUGGGAAAAAGCAAUUCGCCAAGCUCUCAUGCCUGUUACCCCGCAAGCAAGUGUUUGCACUUCCCCGGGGCAAGGGAAAGAGCACAAAGAUUUAUCAACUAGUAUUUCUGUAUCUAACUGUCAGAUCCAGGAAAAUGUGGACAUCAGUACUGUUUACCAGAUCUUUGCCGAUGAGGUGCUUGGUUCAGGCCAGUUUGGCAUCGUCUAUGGAGGAAAGCACAGAAAGACUGGAAGGGAUGUGGCUAUUAAAGUAAUUGAUAAGAUGAGAUUCCCCACAAAACAGGAAAGUCAACUCCGUAACGAAGUGGCUAUUUUACAGAAUUUGCACCACCCUGGGAUCGUAAACCUGGAAUGUAUGUUUGAAACUCCGGAACGAGUUUUUGUAGUAAUGGAAAAGCUGCACGGCGAUAUGUUGGAAAUGAUUCUGUCCAGUGAGAAAAGUCGGCUUCCAGAACGAAUUACUAAAUUCAUGGUCACACAGAUCCUAGUUGCCUUGAGGAAUCUACAUUUUAAAAAUAUUGUCCACUGUGAUUUAAAGCCAGAAAACGUGCUGCUCGCAUCAGCAGAGCCAUUUCCUCAGGUGAAGCUGUGUGACUUUGGUUUCGCGCGCAUCAUUGGUGAAAAGUCCUUCAGGAGAUCUGUGGUGGGGACGCCAGCAUACUUAGCCCCUGAAGUUCUCAGGAGCAAAGGUUACAACCGCUCUCUAGACAUGUGGUCAGUGGGCGUUAUCGUCUAUGUGAGCCUCAGUGGCACGUUUCCUUUUAAUGAAGAUGAAGAUAUAAAUGACCAAAUCCAAAACGCUGCAUUUAUGUACCCACCAAAUCCAUGGAAAGAGAUUUCUGGUGAAGCAAUUGACUUGAUAAACAACCUCCUUCAGGUGAAGAUGAGAAAGCGCUACAGUGUGGACAAAUCUCUCAGCCACCCCUGGCUGCAGGACUAUCAGACUUGGCUUGACCUUCGAGAAUUUGAAACUCGCAUCGGUGAACGUUACAUUACACACGAAAGUGACGACGCCCGCUGGGAAAUACAUGCAUACACCCACAAUCUUGUAUACCCAAAGCACUUCAUUAUGGCUCCCAACCCAGAUGAUAUGGAAGAAGACCCUUAGUACCAGUGAGCUAACGUCAGGAGGGAAGGGUUUUGUGUCGUGGGCUGAUGCUCUGCUGAACUGCGGUUCUGUGUGGGUGUCCUCAGCAAGGCGCAGGACGUGGGAAGGGUGGUAAGGCGUCCGUGGCACCACCACUGUAGUUCAUCGUGAGAAGGCACAGAGGGGAAACUGAGUAAUAAAAACACAUAACAGAACCAAGA